GCGGAGAUUAAAACAUUCAGAGCUGCCGAUCACACUGCAUUAAGGCUUCACACACACACACACACACACACACACAGAGGAUUAUUAACACAGCGUUAAUCUGAACACUUUAAUAACGGAGUAAAAGACUGAACAGAGAAAUGAGGCGGAUUUCAGUGUGUCACUUUCUCCUGCUCUUCUUCAGCUCAGUGUCCGGUAGCGCUCCUCUGCCCCGAGCUCAGAACCUGACCUGGAAAUCAUUUAACUUUAAAACCAUCCUGACCUGGAGCUCUGACUCUGACCACACACACACCGUCGAGUUCUCCCGGGUGGGCAGAGAGAGACGGAGGAAUCCUCACUGCAUCCGAAUCUCUCACCCGGAGUGUGACCUCACAGACGACCUCACUGACCUUAAAGCUGCCUACACUGCAGACGUAGUGACUGAGCUCAUGACUUUUGACCCCAUGGAGCUCCCGCUUACUCAGUCUAAACGAUUCUCCCCUUAUAACGACACUGUAAUCGGAGCUCCACAGUUCAGUGUAAAGUUGGAUGAGAACGAUACGAUCGUGCUGCACAUCGCUGACCAGCAGACGGCGCUGUACAGAGACGGACGCCACCUCACGCUCCGAGACGUCUUUAAACACAACCUCAAAUACAGCAUCAUGUACAACAAAGCAGGAAGCACAGGGAGGAAGCAGACUGUGGUGUCGGACAGCGAGGUGGUGAUGAGGGACUUGGAGCGAGGACCCAGUUACUGUUUCAGAGUUUCCGUGUUCAUCGCGUCUCGCAGAGCAAACAGGAAACUGGCCAAGUGGACUUUACCCAAGUGUUCACCUGCACUGACCUUUGACCUCUUCAAAGAGUUUGACCCGGUGCUGGUCAUCGCUGGACUCCUCGUCAUUGUGACGCUUCUCAUCCUGGUAACUGUUGCGGUUGUUUGCUGCUGCAGACGGAGAGGAAGAGAAAAGCAGGAGGAGGAGAUUCACGUCGUUAAAGAGGUUUAGAGGAAACGCAUCAUCAGGUUUUGAUGUGAGAGCUGCUCUUUAGUUUCUGUGAAACAGGAAUAUGAUCAGAUCUGAUCACACACACACACACACACACUUCAGCUGUAAUACUCAUUACAAAUUCAGUUAAAGUAUAUACACUAGAGCGCUAUUAAUGAUCAAAUCUACAUGUAGUGAUGUGUAAAAUACAGAUUUCAUCAUUUCUAUCUUAUAUUUUUAUAUGAUUAUUGUUGUGAAUUAACACGUUUAUUUAUUCUACAGAAAUGUGUAUAUAUGUGUAAUAUAGCUUUAUAUCACCUGAUGUAUUUAUUGCAUACAAUUUCUUUUUAUUUUUUUAAACUAUAUUUCAUAAAUGACUUUGCUGAUGUCAUCA